AUGUUCUUCUACAUGAACAUCAAUGACACGAAAAUCGCUCAGUCGUUUGAGUGGCUUCGAGGGAAAGGGUCGGUUUGGGAAGAAGAAAAUCCGGGAAAAGGAGAAAAAUACUGGGAUGAAUUGUUCCGGUUGGAGGUUGAGGACUUGAAGGACGUUGAUGACUAUGGACUCCUUCUCUGUAUGGGCCGAGUACCGAAGAGUCAGAUUCGGGUCCUUUCAAUCAUCCCGCAAGAGCGAGGGCCGCUCUCUGCUCGCGAGGGAUGA